CUGACUUCCGCUUCUGUGUCAAUCCUUGGCUACACACUAAAUUCCUGCUCAUAGCGCGGACUUGUCAAAACCUUCCCUCUGAACGCAGCACCGAGGUCACUAAUCGACUUGUCAUCAAAAGCCAAAAGAAACGCAACCAGAAGUCAGACGUGACGUCAUUCGUUCCACGCGUGCUGUCCGAGAGCCGGUCUGCUGUGAGCGACGUCUCGUGGCCGAUAUUGUACCUCGGUCUGCAAAAACGAUAUUGCCGUCAUUCUGGGUUUUGGAUGAUCCCUGGAUACUGACCCAACGUUGCGCUGUUUCCUUGGCGACACUCCAGAGGGACAUUAAUCGACAGGUCGCCCUCCCGAGGAACUCUGAGGGAUCGCCUCCAAUAGGAACAUGUGCUAAGAGUCCAUCUGUCCCAAACGACUGGUCGCCUUGGACUCUAGAAGAUGAACAAUGAGGAUGAAUUCUACGACGCCGUCACAGGCCUGGAUUCUGACGAGUCCUAUGAAGGGGUGUCGGAGGCCAGUUUUAAAGACGCACUGGUAUUUGAUGGCAGGAGUCAGAAGAACAACGGCUCGGUGGCACAGGAGAACGGCAUCAAGAAACACAGGACAUCAUUGCCCUCUGCCAUGUUUUCUAGAAACACCGUCAGUAUCUGGAGCAUCCUGAAGAAAUGCAUCGGACUGGAACUCUCAAAGAUCACGAUGCCCAUCGCCUUCAACGAGCCUCUGAGCUUCCUGCAGAGAAUAACAGAAUACAUGGACCACACUUACCUCAUUAACAAAGCCUGCUCUCUGCCCAAUUCCAUAGAACGCAUGCAGACAAUUGCUGCUUUUGCUGUGUCGGCAGUUGCGUCUCAGUGGGACAGAACUGGGAAACCCUUCAACCCUCUGCUGGGAGAGACUUUUGAGCUCACUAGAGAAGAUCAGGGCUUCCGGCUGAUAUCGGAGCAGGUAUCCCAUCAUCCACCAGUCAGUGCCUUCCAUGCAGAGAGUCUGGUCGGGGACUUUGUCUUCCACGGCUCCAUCUACCCCAAACUCAAGUUCUGGGGCAAGAGCGUUGAGGCGGAGCCUAAGGGGACCAUCACGCUAGAGCUACUCAAGCACAACGAGGCGUACACAUGGAGUAACCCUUACUGCUGUGUGCACAAUAUUAUCCUGGGAAAACUAUGGAUAGAGCAGUACGGCACGGUGGAGAUAGUCAACCACAGCACUGGAGACAAGUGUGUGUUAAACUUCAAGCCCUGUGGGAUGUUCGGCAAGGAGCUGCACCGAGUGGAAGGGUACAUCCAGGAUAAGAGUAAAAAGAAGCACUGUGUCAUCUAUGGGAAGUGGACCGAGUGCAUGUGGAGUGUGGACCCUCAGGCCUACGAGGCCCACAAGAAGUCAGAGAGGAAAGGAGACAACAAGAAGCAGAAAAAUGAGGAGCAGGAGGGAGCGGAGAACGAUGACGCGGACGAUAUGCCCGACGCCCAGGAGACGGUUUCUGUGGUUCCAGGAAGUACUCUGCUCUGGAGGAUAGACUCCAGACCGGCACAGUCUGCUGAGAUGUACAACUUCACCCACUUUGCAAUGUCUCUGAAUGAGCUGGAGCCCGGCAUGGAGGCCAUCUUGGCCCCCACAGACUGUCGCUUCAGGCCGGACAUCAGAGCCAUGGAGAACGGCAGAAUGGAAGAGGCCAGUAAGGAGAAGGAGAGACUGGAGGAGAAACAGAGAGCUUCCAGAAAGGAGAGAGCCAAGAAUGAGGAGGAGUGGACCACCAGGUGGUUUCAGAUGGGCACCAACCCGUACACCAACUCCCAGGGCUGGCUGUACUCUGGUGGCUACUUCAAUAGGAAAUACCAAGACCUGCCUGAGAUCUACUGAUAGCCCGGUAGCCUUCGACCGCCUCCUCCUCUACACCCCGCAAUGACCUGCCUGUCAUGAAAUGGAGAGAAAUGUUAUGUACCCGUCUUGAUGUCACGGCCUCCAUUGUCGCCAUGUUUCGAAUGACCGACCCUCCCCGCGCUGAGUGGGAAGACUAACCGAGGACCCACAUGCCCGUCACUGCUCUUAACCCGCAUGACGACAUGCUUCGGGUCUUUGUUUUUUUUUUUAAAUCUUCACGUCAAGUCUCUGCUUUUGUGAUUUCUUAUUGCAUAUCGACGAGCAAAGUUUUCCCAUCUCUCGGCUCGCCGUCGCUUAGAGCACAAGAAUCUUUUUAUUUCUGACACAUCGCGGCGGCAGAGCUGGUGCACGCAAAACGAAAACCAACUCCGAUCUGAAUGUUUAACGUCUUCACAAUCGAACUGUCACCGACCCGCCAAGCCUCUGGAAACCCUCCUGCGCGUCAUUAGUGAAUAAAUACCAGUUUGCCCAACAUGAAGUAAAGCAUAAUAAUCACACCAAUGGUUUAUGGACAUGGACGGACUUCCAGUCAAUAGGGACAUCAGGGAUGUGAAUUCUCUUUUGACUGAAGAUGAAUCUCGAGGAUGCUUUUUCUUUAUUUUUUAGAAGCUCUGCAUGUAUAUGUAUAGAUAUAUAUAUCCAUACACACACACACACACACACACACGUUGCAAGCACGAGUUCAUUACUGGCCAAUGCCCCCCCCCCCCAUUAACCCGCUCAAGCUCAUGUGAAAGAAUUCGACUACCAGACAACCGGUGUUUGGAAUGUGCUGCGGCCGGAUCUGGGAUCGGAAAAGGAAACCACGCGAUGAUCUGACGUUCUCUCUGAGUAGAGGACGGGUUCAGCGUCUCCUCCCGUGUGUCUGUCCCAGUGGCGCUUUACGGCAGGACGAGCGGCCCUGAGCGAACUCGCCACACACCGACCUGAACGUUCGUACGCAGCCUCGGCUCACCGCGCCUCCCCCGAUGGUCUAAACAGAGGUGACACUCGUCCUGUGGUUCGUACAGCUUGUCUUUACAAAACCGAGAAAGUCGAAACCAAGACGAAAUCUUACUCAGAGUUUAAAUCUGUCCCUUUUUAUGGAAGGAGUUUGACAUUUUAUUAGAGAAUAUUUAAUUGCUACAUUAGAAGCGCCACCGCUGAGCCACAGUGAUGACAUCCCCAACGACAGCGGGUUAAUUUAAAUACCUGCCAUUCACGGUGUGAGUGUAUUAAUCCGUACAGACACUUAUCAAGCCAUAUUAACCACUAGAGAGCGAGUGUAUUUGCUGUGUGAGUAAUGGGAAUUUGACAAUGUGAACCCUCAAUAUUUACAUUAUUGCUAUUAAUCUCGCUCAUUAAGGCAGGGUAAAAAAAAAGAAAAGAAAUAAAGAACAAUCAUGUCGGUGUAAUGUAACAUAAUGUUAGAUGUUGUGCAGCUGGAUUGGAUGUUUAUGUAUAGGGAUCCUCUACAAAAAUGAUGAAAACAACUAUAGAUUCAAAAUGGAAAACAAACUGUCGUCUUUUUACGGCCCACGGCUCGUCUCAGAAUCCGUCCAUGUUUUUUUUUUUUUUCUUCAAAAGAAAACCCUAAAAAAGAUUAAAAGUACUUGGAUGAAUGUUAGCGCAAAAUGAACGGAUCAAGUGGCCGAGGGCGGCCGCUGUGCACACUGGACGUCUAGUAUUUGUACAGAAACUCUUCACUAUCUGCUGCUGCUGCUGCUGCGCUCGGCUCCCUCGGUUCGUAUAAUGAAAACCUUUCACACCUCAACCUCUCACAUUCCCUGCACACCUGUUUGCACUGGUGAGAAUGUUUUUCACAAAAGAAAAAAAAAAUGGCACUUUGCUCCAGAGCUUUUGUUGGGGAGGGGGAAACACCCCCCCCUUUAAAUGAGAAUGGAGGCAUCUAUUGAGCUUCCCUCCGUUUGGU